CGUCUUCACCACCUCACACACACACACACACAAUUCCUUUCAUCCAAACAUCUUUUUUCCCACAUUUCCUUUAACACCCAGAAACAUGAAGCUCGUUUCUGCAACUUUUGUGCUCCUAUGUCUUGUCAUCAUCACCUCCUCGUUCUUCGAGGCCACCAUGGCUGGUUCAAGCUUCUGUGACUCCAAGUGCGGGGAGAGGUGCGCGAAUGCGGGCGUGAAGGAUCGGUGCUUGAAGUACUGCGGAAUUUGCUGUGACAAGUGCCAGUGCGUGCCCUCUGGGACUUAUGGGAACAAGGACGAGUGUCCUUGCUACAGAGACCUCAAGAACUCCAAGGGCAAACCCAAGUGCCCUUGAAAUAUAUUCAAUCAAAUCUUUCUCUCUUUCUAGGCUCAUGGAUGUUGGAAUGGACCGUCAAAAUAUAUUAGCGACAGUUAAUAUUUCAUUAUAUAUUGAAGAAAUAAAUGGGGGUCCUGCAGUGUGAGUGUUUGUUAAUGUGAUAUAUAUAUAUAUAUAUUAUUC